UCUCACACACACACACAUGGACAAGCUGAGAUACACCAACUGUGAUACGUGUGUGUCUAAGGCAGUACCACUCACUUGGUUCCUGAUUUUUUUUCUUCCAACUUUUCUGCCUUUUGGAUGUGAACCAAACAGGAAGUGAUGAAAAUAUCCAUCGCUGUGGCACUUUGGAGCAGAAGAUUUACCUUGUCUCAUCAAUGCUUGGGAAGCCACACUUUCACACCAUCUUCCUCCGGGCUCGUGUGAGCUCUGGAGGUGUUGAGACUUGAGAUGCAACCACAGUGCCGCGCCUUCACCGUCUUCUUCUCACUUCAAACAUGGAAGCAGACACCAGACAAAGCUCCUGACGUCCACCCAUCCUCCUUUCCUCCUCCUCUUCUUCACUUCUCUCCCGUCGACCAUUUUGCUGCAUCCAAACUUUGUUCUGUUUCCUCUUCCCCUGCUUUAUCCCCCCUCUUCCCUCUGCUCCGUCCAUCCCUCCUGAGGUUCCUCCUGCGCCUCCUGGCCUCCCUGUUUUUACUGCCCUGCCCAGCACAAGCGGCCUGGUUUCAGGUCGGGGUGGUGGGGCCGUGGGGGUGCGACCCUCUCUUUGCCAAAGCCCUCCCCAGUGUCGCUGCACAGCUCGCCGUCAACCGCAUCAACAAGGACCGCUCGCUGUCCUACGCUGCAACCUUCGACUACACUGUGCUGCAGGAGCCAUGUGAGACAUCAAAGGCGCUCGAGAAGUUCAUCGGUUUCCACACGAAGGCUUCGGGGUACAUCGGACCAUCCAACCCCAGCUACUGUGACGCUGCUUCAAUGUUGAGCAAAGGCUGGAACAAAGCUUUGUUUUCUUGGGGUUGUGUUGGCUACGAGCUGGACGAUAUUCGGAGCCACCCGACCUUUGCCCGCUCCAUGCCGAGGCCCACCUGGGUGCUGCUCAGCAUCAUAAACUACUUCAGGUGGGCCCACGUUGGCAUCAUCUCUUCCUCAGAGGACAUCUGGGUGGAGACGGCCACCAAGGUAGCUGAUUCGUUGAGGAGCCACGGUCUGCCAGUCAGACUGGUCAGUAUCAUGGAGAACACGCCUCACGGCAUCAGACGAACUCUGACCAAGCUCCGCAAGAUGGCAGAAAUACGAGUUGUGAUCCUCUGCAUGCACUCCGUACUGAUCGGCGGUGGAGCCCAGAAGAAGCUCUUGGAGACGGCGUACGACAUGCAACUGACCGACGGCUCCCUGGUCUUUGUGCCCUACGACACCCUGCUCUACAGCCUGCCCUACCGCAACGUGACCUACCCGGCUCUGAAGAGGAACAGCAAGCUGCUGCGGGCCUACGACGCUGUGUUAACCGUGACCAUCAACUCACCCCAGGUGUCCUUCUACGAGGCCUACAGCGACGCCAUGGAGAGGGGAGAGCUGGCCCGGACACUGAAGCCUCAGCAGGUGUCUCCACUCUUCGGCACCAUCUACAGCUCCGUCCUCUUCAUGGCUCACGCGGUGCAUCGCGUCCGCCAAGCUGGGGAGUGGAUGUCUGGGGGAAACCUGGCAAGACACACCCACAACCUGGACUUCCAGGGCUUCAGCCACCCGAUCAAAACCAACGGCUCUGGAGCAGCUCUGCUGGAAUACCUCAUACUGGACACGGACGGACUCUCCUGGGAGCUGAAGCCAACAUACAAGAUCGACAUGGAGGCCGGUAUGGUGCAUUUCCUUGGUCGAGAAAUCCACUUCCCUCGCGGCUACGGACCCAGGAAGGACGCCUCCUGCUGGUUUACUCCUGGAGUCAUCUGCUCUGGGGGCGUGGAUUUGUUCUCGACCAUCAGCAUGUUCCUCGAAGCGAUGGCCGCCUCUAUUUUUGGAGUGGCAGCUAUUUACUGCAUCAGGCGACGCAUCCAUCAGAUCCGACAGGUUAAGGGUCCAAACAGGAUCCUGCUGACUCUGGCUGACGUCACAUUCAUCAACCCGUCGCUUAGCAACAAGAAGCUGAGUAUGGAUGACAGCAGGGCGAGCGGCAUGAGGAGCGUCUCAGACACGUCGCAGGUCUCCUCCCAGUCCCCGGCCACCUACGAGAACUCCAACGUCGUCAUUUUCGAGGGUGACUGGGCCUGGCUGAAGAGACUUCCUAAUGGGACGUUCAGCCGCAUCAACCCCAAAACCAGCCAAGUGUUUGAACUGAUGAAGGACAUGCGUCACGAGAAUGUCAACCCUUUCCUGGGCUUCUUUCACGACUGCGGCGUGUUUGCCAUCGUGACCGAGUUCUGCUCCCGAGGAAGUCUGGAGGACCUGGUGCUCAACGACGACGUCAAACUCGACUGGAUGUUCAAGUCGUCGCUGCUGCUGGAUUUGAUUAAGGGAAUGAAGUACCUCCACCACCGCGGUGUGUGCCACACUCGCCUCAAGUCCCGUAACUGCGUGGUGGAUGGGCGUUUUGUCCUGAAGGUCACAGACUACGGCUACAACACGGUUCUGGAGGCUCAGAGGUUCCCCUACAUGGAGACACCUGCAGAGGAGUUGCUGUGGACGGCUCCAGAGAACCUGAGGAGCGGUCAGCCGGAGCUUCACGGGACUCUGUCUGGAGAUGUGUACAGCUUCGCCAUCAUCAUGCAGGAGGUGGUGGUCAGAGGGCCGCCCUUCUGCAUGAUGGACCUGUCCGCCACAGAUAUAAUAGAGAAGAUACGUAAGCCGCCUCCUCUGUUUCGGCCCGUGGUCAGUGCAGACUACGCUCCGUUGGAGUGCAUCCAGCUGAUGAAACAGUGCUGGAACGAACAGCCAGAGAAGAGACCGACCUUUGAGGAGAUCUUUGAUCGGUUUAAGAACAUCAACAAGGGGAAGAAGACCAACAUCAUCGACUCCAUGCUGCGAAUGCUGGAGCAGUACUCGUCUAACCUGGAGGAGCUGAUCCGGGAGCGAACGGAGGAGCUGGAGAUCGAGAAACAGAAGACGGAGAAGCUGCUGACUCAGAUGCUUCCUCCGUCUGUGGCCGAGGCUCUGAAAGUGGGCGGCGCGGUCGAACCGGAGCACUUUGACAGCGUGACGCUUUAUUUCAGCGACAUCGUCGGCUUCACCACCAUCUCGGCCCACAGCGAACCCAUCGAGGUGGUGGACCUGCUCAACGACCUGUACACAGUCUUUGACGCCAUCAUCGGAAACCACGAUGUCUACAAGGUGGAGACUAUCGGUGAUGCUUACAUGGUGGCGUCCGGUCUUCCUGUCGCCAACGACAACCGCCAUGCUGCAGAGAUAGCCAACAUGGCCCUCGACAUCCUGAGCGCCGUGGGAACCUUCAAAAUGAGACACAUGCCAGACGUUCCUGUCAGGAUACGUAUAGGACUACACACAGGUCCGUGUGUAGCAGGUGUGGUAGGUCUCACCAUGCCUCGCUACUGUCUGUUUGGAGACACGGUGACCACCGCCUCUCGCAUGGAGUCCUCUGGGUUACCCUACAGGAUCCACGUCCACCAGAGUACUGUGAAGGUGCUGCGGGACUUAAAUGCCGGCUACAAGCUCGAGUUGAGAGGCCGGAAGGAAGUCAAGGGGAAAGUAGUGGAGGAGACCUACUGGCUUGUCGGGAGAGAGGGAUUUAGCAAGCCACUUCCUGUUCCUCCAGAGGUCAAGUGCGGGCAAGGGGCCCACGGCCUACAGGUGGCUGAGAUAGCCCAGUACAAGAAACGAAAAGCCGAGAAACAUCAACAGGAACAGCUGGCAAAGAAGAAAAACUGAGCACUCGCAUCACAACGAACGAGUCAAAGGACCUGAAGCGCGUUUCACAAGGCGGUGAAGAUCUUUUACGUCCGGGUCAUGACUCAGCAAUCCGCACCUGAAGAGGACGACUACGUCAUGAUGGUUGCUAUGCAGUGAAAAUACCUAACGCUAAGCGUUAGCGUUAAGACUGAUCUAUUACAUGACAGGAAACUAUGUGACGUUUAAACUGCCAGUGAUCGUCCACUAAGGCUACAUCUGAGACAAAAACGAUCUCGAAGAGUUUUAGCACCAGUAGCAGAACUAAUCUGCGUCCAUAUCAAGACGUCUGACAACACAUAUCACAUGACCAUUCAUUCACACACACUGGGCAUGUGCGUGCCGGUGUAAACAGGAAGCAGAUUGUCUGACAUUACUCUGCGGUUAAAAAUCACAGAUAUAUAAAUUGAAAAUACUUAGGAGAAAGAACAACAAGGGUGAAAAGUAAGACCAGACCAGGGAUCAUUAGCUUGGAGCGACGACGAGGUGGAACUGUUACUGAAAGGUUUGUAAACCCACCGUACCGAUGAGACCGACCGACGUGCGUCGUCGUUUCCAAAGGUCUCCGUUUGUGUCCGUCCAGACUCCAAAGCAACCUCUGAGUUUUCAAACCAAAACGGGGGCAGCAGUGUUUCCAAAUGUCUCCGUUUUAAGGGCUCAAAAAAGCCGGAGUAGUGCCGACGCAAGGCGUAAACGAAGCAAAAGAUAUUUGUUUUUAAAUAAAAGUAGCAGUGUAAAUGUAGCCUGAGAAACGUUUCCAGGAAGAGAAAGGGGGCUAGUGAAAGAAAGUGUUUAGUCCAAUUAUCACCAUGUGUGUCUGUGUGUAUUAACGGCUCGAGUCGAGGACAUGAAGUCUUGUGUGGAAACUUACGUCUAGAGGCCGAGAUUAUGGUGACUCGGCAAAGCAGGGAUCAGCAGGAACUGUCUGUCAGCAGCAGCUAAUCUCUCUCAUUCAUUUCCUCCUCCGUCGCUUCCCUGUUUCUCUGUUUGAAGGGACAAGACGAAACUGAGAAGGAAAUUAAGUAGGGAAGGAGAGAGGAAACUGAGGGAAAUUAAGAAGGGAAGGAGAGGAAACUGACAAGGAAAUUAAGAAGGAAGGAGGGAAACUGAGGGAAAUUAAGAAGAUAAGGAGAGGAAACAGGGAAAUUAAGAAGGGAAGGAGAGGAAACAGGGAAAUUAAGUAGGGAAGGAGAGAGGAAACUGAGGGAAAUUAAGUAGGGAAGGAGAGAGGAAACUGAGGGAAAUUAAGAAGGGAAGGAGGGGAAACAGAGGGAAAUUAAGAAGGAAGGAGGGAAACUGAGGGAAAUUAAGAAGAUAAGGAGAGGAAACAGGGAAAUUAAGAAGGGAAGGAGAGGAAACUGAGGGAAAUUAAGAAGGGAAGGAGAGGAAACUGAGAGGGAAAUAUGAGGAAACAGAGAUGAGGAGGCAGGAAGGAGAGUAGGAUUUUUACUCCUCGUUUGUGGAAGAAUUUGGCAUCUUGUCUUGUGUGGUACCAAGUUGUUGAUAUUGGCAAAAAGAAAUUCUCCAUCUUGUAGCUCUGUUUUAAUGUUUGAUUUUGUUUACCGGCCCUGUGUUGAUGUAAAUGUGACUUUAUGUCAGAAUCGGGCAGUUAUUUCAACAGUUUAAUUUUGUGCUUAUAGUUGGAAUUGAAAUUAAAAUGAUCCUGGAUGUAGGUAAGAAAUUAGAUUUAGAUUUUAAUGUCGAGUCCUCUUGACUUUUGUAACCAAACCUGCCUGAUAAACAUCGCAAUAAAUCUUUUGGUGCUUAAA